UGGAGGGCAGUGGGCAACCCAAUGACCCCGCUGCUCUGCCCCCUCUCCUCUCCCCUCUCGCAGAUCCGGAGCGGAACAGCCCCCCCAUGCUGUCUGCUGACGAUGCCGAGUACCCGCGGGAGUACCGGACCCUGGGCGGCGGGGGCGGCGGGGGCGGCGGGGGCCGGCGCUUCUCCAACGUGGGGCUGGUGCACACGUCCGAGCGCCGCCACACGGUGAUCGCCGCGCAGAGCCUCGAGGCGCUCAGCGGGCUGCAGAAGGCGGACGCCGAGCGCAAGCGCGAUGCCUUCAUGGACCACCUGAAGAGCAAGUACCCGCAGCACGCCCUGGCUCUGCGGGGACAGCAGGACAGGAUGCGGGAGCAGGUUGGCGGCUGGACCGUGGACCCCGUGUGCCUCCUCAGCUCCCUCUGCUCCCACCUCCAUGGCGACUCCACGCCCUCUGGGGCUAGCCAGCCUGCCCAGCAGCCAAACUACUGGAGUUUUAAGACCCGCAGUUCGCGACACACUCAGGGUGCCCAGCCCGGGCUGGCAGAUCAGGCAGCCAAGCUGUCAUACGCCUCAGCUGAGUCGCUGGAGACCAUGUCUGAGGCUGAGCUGCCCCUGGGCUUCAGUAGGAUGAACCGCUUCCGACAGAGCCUGCCCCUCUCCCGCUCUGCCAGCCAGACCAAGCUGCGCUCGCCAGGGGUGCUGUUCCUCCAGUUCGGAGAGGAGACUCGGCGCGUGCACAUCACACAUGAGGUCAGCAGCCUGGACACGCUGCACGCGCUCAUCGCGCACAUGUUCCCGCAGAAACUCACCAUGGGCAUGCUCAAGUCGCCCAACACCGCCAUCCUCAUCAAAGACGAAGCAAGAAACGUCUUCUACGAGCUGGAGGAUGUCCGGGACAUCCAGGACCGCAGUAUUAUCAAGAUCUAUAGGAAGGAACCUCUCUAUGCUGCUUUCCCUGGCUCACAUCUCACCAAUGGAGACCUCCGGAGAGAGAUGGUGUAUGCGUCGCGGGAGUCUUCACCCACGCGGCGCCUCAACAACCUGUCCCCAGCGCCGCACCUGACCUCGGGCUCACCGCCACCGGGGUUGCCGUCGGGGCUGCCGUCGGGGCUGCCAUCGGGGCUGCCUUCGGGCUCGCCUUCGCGCUCUCGCCUCUCCUAUGCGGGGGGUCGGCCGCCCUCCUACGCCGGGAGCCCAGUGCACCACGCGGCCGAGCGGCUAGGCGGUGCCCCCGCCGCCCAGGGCGUCAGCCCCAGUCCCAGCGCCAUCCUGGAGCGGCGCGACGUGAAGCCGGACGAGGACCUGGCGGGCAAGGCGGGCGGCAUGGUGCUAGUGAAGGGCGAGGGGCUCUACGCCGACCCCUACGGGCUGCUGCAUGAGGGUCGCCUGAGCCUGGCCGCGGCCACUGGAGACCCAUUCGCCUACCCCGGCGCCGGCGGCCUGUACAAGCGCGGCUCGGUGCGUUCGCUCAGCACCUACUCGGCCGCCGCGCUGCAGUCGGACCUGGAGGACUCCCUGUACAAGGCGGCGGGCGGCGGCCCCCUCUACGGUGACAGCUACGGCUUCCGCCUGCCGCCCUCGUCUCCGCAGAAGCUGGCCGACGUGUCGGCGCCUCCCGGAGGCCCCCCGCCACCGCACAGUCCCUACUCCGGGCCGCCCAGCCGGGGCUCUCCCGUGCGUCAGUCCUUCCGGAAGGAUUCGGGGUCCUCCUCGGUCUUUGCAGAGAGUCCCGGGGGAAAAACACGCAGCGCGGGGGGAUCGUCCACAGCCGGAGCCCCGCCUCCCGAGCUCUUUCCCGGCCCCGGGGAGCGUCCCCUGCUUGGGUUCGGGCCGCCCGUGCAAGCCAAGGACACAGAGACCAGGGAGCGCAUGGAGGCCAUGGAGAAGCAGAUUGCCAGCCUCACAGGCUUGGUGCAGAGUGCCCUGCUUCGAGGCUCCGAGCCUGAGACACCCAGCGAGAAGACUGAAGGUGUCAAUGGAGCAGCCACCCCCUCAGCACCCUGUGGCUCUGGUGGCCGAAGCAGUGGGGCCACACCAGUGUCCGGGCCACCCCCGCCCAGCAGUACCUCUGUGGGGCAGCCCACGCCUAUCAGCCGAUUGCAGCUGCAACUCUACCUGCGUGGCCUGCAGAACAGCACCAGUGACCUGCGCAGCCAGCUCCAGCAACUACGAAAGCUCCAGAUCCAGAACCAGGAGUCGUUGCGCGCGCUGCUCAAGGGCACCGAGGCGGAGCUGAGCAUGCGCGUGUCGGAGGCAGCGCGGCGGCAGGAGGACCCGCUGCAGCGACAGCGCACCCUGGUGGAGGAGGAGCGGCUGCGCUACCUCAACGACGAGGAGCUCAUCACUCAGCAGCUCAAUGACCUGGAGAAGUCGGUGGAGAAAAUCCAGCGGGACAUAUCCCAUAACCACCGACUGGUGCCCGGGACUGAGCUGGAGGAGAAGGCGCUGGUGCUGAAGCAACUCGGGGAGACGCUAACAGAGCUCAAGGCUCAUUUCCCCGGACUGCAGAGCAAGAUGCGAGUGGUGCUGCGCGUGGAGGUGGAGGCUGUGAAGUUCCUGAAGGAGGAGCCACAGCGCCUGGAUGGGCUGCUCAAGCGCUGCCGAGGGGUCACGGACACGCUGGCUCAGAUCCGCAGGCAAGUGGACGAGGGUGUGUGGCCGCCCCCCAACAAUCUCCUGAGUCAGUCCCCCAAGAAGGUGACGGCCGAGACUGACUUCAACAAGAGCUUGGACUUCGAGAUGCCUCCCCCCAGCCCCCCAGUGCACCUCCACGAGCUGAGCGGGCCAACCGAGGGACCCCCAGUUCUCCCCAAGGGGGGCAACCCUGCCAAAGGCCUUGAUGCUCCUGGCAAGAGAAGCGUGGACAAGGCUGUGUCUGUGGAGGCUGCUGAGCGUGACUGGGAGGAGAAGCGGGCAGCCCUGACCCAGUACAGUGCCAAGGACAUCAACCGCCUGCUGGAGGAGACGCAGGCCGAGCUGCUGAAGGCCAUCCCUGACCUGGACUGUGCCAGCAAGGCCCAUCCGGGUGUGGCCCCCACCCCUGACCACAAGCCCCCGAAGGCCCCCCAUGGCCAGAAGGCAGCACCCCGAACAGAGCCCAGUGGGAGAAGGGGCUCAGAUGAGCUCACAGUACCCCGAUACCGCACAGAGAAACCCUCCAAGUCUCCCCCACCUCCCCCACCCCGCCGGAGCUUUCCGUCUUCCCACGGACUGACCACCACCCGCACCGGGGAGGUAGUGGUCACCAGCAAGAAGGACUCGGCCUUCAUCAAGAAGGCCGAGUCAGAGGAGCUGGAGGUGCAGAAGCCGCAGGUUAAGCUACGUCGAGCUGUGUCGGAGGUGGCCCGCCCCGCCUCCACGCCACCCAUCAUGGCUUCAGCCAUCAAGGAUGAGGACGACGAGGACCGCAUCAUCGCUGAAUUGGAGAGCGGUGGAGGCAGUGUGCCCCCCAUGAAGGUGGUGACUCCGGGGACUGCUCGGCUGAAGGCGGCACAGGGCCAGGCCGGGAGCCCUGACAAAGGCAAACACAGCAAGCAGAGGGCCGCUGAGUACAUGCGGAUCCAGGCUCAGCAGCAGGCCACUAAACCAUCUAAAGAGAUGAGCGGGUCGAAUGAGACCUCGAGCCCAGUCUCAGAAAAGGCCUCAGCUUCCAGAACCUCCAUUCCCGUAUUGACUUCCUUUGGGGCGAGGAAUUCUUCCAUCUCCUUCUAGAAGGCCCCUCACACUCCCACCCCAGCCUGUCCUCCCUCACCCCUGCCACCUCUCUUCCUGCACCCUGUCCCCUCAUCUCCCCCCACCCCACCCCAUUCUCCAGGACCCUCCCUCUUUAGGGUGGGCCACAGACAUGACCCCCUCUCUUUACCAUCCCUAGGGGGUGGUUUUGGUUUUUUUUAAAUAAUUCACUUUCAAUUAUCUUUUUUUUUUUUUUUUUAAGAAAAAAGACAAAGACAAAACAGUCAAACUAAAAGCCAAAACACACCACCCUUGACUUCCUGUUCCAAAAGGGCCCACUUCCGGUCCUCGUCCUUGCCGUUCUCUCCUGACUCUUCCUCCAUGUCCAUCCCCAAGUUCCCGCCCUCCUUCCCGCCUGCCUUCCCAAGAGCUCUUCAAACAACCGAGCUGCGGAGCCUUGGCACAAGAGAACAUCUCCCCUUCCUCGGAAACCUUCCUGCAGAACCACCUGGACAAUGGACUGGCUGCAAAAUGGGAUGCAGGGAGACUCUGGCUCUGGAGGUGCCCUAGCCCUCCCCACACUUGGAUGUGAUGGAACUUGGGGGCUCCCUUCUCCUGGAGAGCAUACUUGAGGGGUCCCUGGCUGGGCAGAAGACCCUGAAUUUGGGCCUGGGAAGGGGUAUGAGCUGCUCGGUGCUCCCUUCCUGUAGGAGGAACCACUUGGGGUUCGAGGAAGAGAAGCCCUUGGCACUGUUGCGGGAAGGUGGAGUUGUCAUUCUGGACUUUGGGGAGCUGCCUUGGGAGAGUGCAGCCCCCAGAGGGGUAUUCUGUCCGUUUAGUUCCCUAAUUUAGCACUUUAACGACUUUACCUUAUUUAAUGAGGGUGGGAGGGCCAGAGUGCGGGUCCUAGAGAAUUAGAUUUUGAGGCCUGGAGGGUGGGAAGGGACUGGGGGUGAGGGAAAUGGGAGGAAAGAAAAAGGGGUUAGGGGUGGGGGGCAGCCAGGACAGCUCCCACCCAUCCUACAGGUGGGGGGAUCUGACCCUUCACCAUCCUCUCUGAGAUCUUUCAGGGAAUGGGUGCUUUUAAGUGGGGAGCUGGUGAUCCCUAGUGUGAUCCUUGAAGAUCCCCAAGGCCCUGGGCUGUGAGGCUUCCCACUAGGUCCCGAAGGGAAGGAGAGGCUGACUUUGGUUCCAGCCCUGCCCCGCACCCCCAGAAGGGACAGUGAGGCCUAGCAGGGAGAUGACAAGGAGUGGGGGGGGGUUCCCCAGGGAGCAGGAUUCCUAGUUGGAGCACAAAGUGGGGCUAAGCACAGGGGAGGGGCUGGAAUUAGUCUUCCCAAGUAAGCACAGACUAUAGAGACUUGGAUGGGGUGAACCGCCUAGAUCCUGGGCUGGCAGGGAGGUGGGUAUUUGGGGGGGAGCUGUCGAGGCUGGGGAGGGGGAAAACUGGGUUGUGUUUCUUCAUUUUCUUUUCUUUUCUUUUCUUUUUUGGUUGGUUCAUCCUUGUUUCCUAUAGCUUGGAUCAUUUUUGUACAAAGGCAAGCAAGCCUUUUUGAAAAAUAAUAAGAGGAAAAAAAAAAAGUCCCUUCUGAAAAAAAAAAAUCCUGGAAAACAAAAAAAAAAAAAGGACCUCAUAAAUGAUGCAAUUACUUUUAAUUGCAGGCAACUCUUUACAUUUAAGUGAAGUGUCUUAACAUUUUAUAUUGUUUUAAAAAUAUAUUUACAUAUUAUAUAUA